CCCACACCAUCGCCGCCACAUUUUUUUUUUUCUUUCCGUUUUCCCCUUGUCCUCCAUCUCUCGCUGUCUCUCUCCAGGUUUUUUGUUCUUGUUCUCUCUUUCUUUCUUUUUUAUUUUUUAUUUUUUUCGUUUCUCGCUGACCGGCUGGCUCGUAGUUUUUAUGGUACCCACACCCCCACCACCGCCCUGGUUCAUUUCUUUCUCUCCUUCCUCCUCCAUUCGUUCGUUCCAUAAAAGCAUGCAAAUGUAAAAGAAGAAGAAGAAGGAGAAUAGUGAGAGAAAAACAAAGAGGAGGAAAAUAGUGAGAGUGUGAGAGAGAGGAAAACAAGAAAAUGUUCGACAACCUGCGCGGCCGGAAAUUUUCCAACAAAUGCAAGCACGCGAUAAAGUGCAUAAAUUCGCGGAUAGCGAUGAUCAGGAACAAGAAGAGGGCGAUGGUGAGGUUCCUCAAGAAGGACGUGGCCGACCUCCUCACCAAUGGCCGCGACGACAACGCCUAUGGCCGAAUGGAUGCUCUCAUUGUGGAAAUAAAUCACACAUAUUGCUAUGAUCUGAUCGAGCAAUGCUGUGAAAGUAUCUUGAAGCAGCUUCCAACCUUACAAAAGCAGAGAGAAUGCCCUCAGGAAGCUGUGGAACCCAUCUCAACUCUAAUUUUUGCAGCAGCCAGAUUUUCAGAUUUGCCAGAGUUAUGUGAUCUCAGGGGUUUAUUUACAGAACGGUAUGGAAGUCACAUGGAGUCCUCUGUCAAGGCUGAGUUUGUUGAGAAAAUUCAGAAGAGAUCAUUCGCCCAAGAAAAGAAGCUACAGCUGUUAAAAGAUAUUGCUCAAGAGUUCUCUGUAUCAUGGGAUUCCAGUGCUUUUGAACAUAAAAUGUCUAAUCCGUCUGCACCUAAAUCUGACCAACAUAAGAAUGGUAUGCAUCACCAUAGUGCAAGUGAUAAGCCUUCAAUCAGGCUGCCUAAUGAAGCUGAGGAGAUUUCAUCCAAGGGAAAACACAAACAUGGUCCUGUGAGUGCGCGGAAACAACAAGUGCAGGAGACCAAAGACAGUCAUGUAGAUACAACUAUCAAAGAUGCCUUCUUGCAUGACCGCAUAGAGAAGACUAGAAAAGUAAUCGCUGAUGAACCAGAGCAUGUGAAGCCAGACUUCUGUAGUACUGAAGUUCCUUCAUACAUUAAAACGAGCAGCAGUCAGAAUGGCACCUAUAAUCAUGAUCAGCUUAAAGAUGGUCCUGCUCAUAAAUGGACAGGAAAUGCUCAAGAGGCACUUGAUACCAUUGGUCCUGAGGAGCAGGCAAUUGAUGCUAAGAAAUCUUCGAAUGGUAAAGCUGUCAAUAUGGCUCCUCCAUACACCAAAUCUUAUGAAGAAGAGAACAACAAUGGCUUAAUAUAUGACAGAUUGGGAAAGGCGGAAGAAGGGUUAGAAUAUACUAGUUUAGAGAGGCGGCCUGUGGGACCAGUGAAUGAUGACAGACUGAUUAAUUUUCACCCGCCUUAUGUCAAAUCAAGAGUCAAUGAGCCCCCAUCUCACCCUGAUCAAACCAUUCAGGAUUCUACCAUUGCUGGCAAUGUUAGGUAUGAUGGCAGUGAAGAUCUGAAGGGUGGAAUGUUUGGUGAUGAGAAGUGGAAGCGGAAGCCCAUGCCUGUUUCUGUUAGGAGGAGGUUCACCAAGCCAGCAGGCAUCAACACUUCCGACGGUAUCAUCAACAAAGAUAUCAUGAGUCAAACCCAAAGUGGUCUAGGAAAUAACGCAGGCAGGAGAGGCACCUCUGCCCAUCUUGAAGCUACAGAUGAAGUUGACAAUGAGAAGUUCAUGGAUAGGCACCCAGGACCACCCGUGCAUGUUGAGGUGGAUCGUGCUAUCGAUGAUGGCAAGCUCUUGCUGCGAACCCCUAGUGGCCAAAGAAGACUAGGAAGCAAAAGAAGUGCUACAGCAUAUGAUGGAACUGGCAAUGAAGAUGAAAUGAUCAUGGAUAGGCUCCUGAUAGAUUACAGCAAGAAAGGUUUGGCAAGCGGUGCCAGCAAGGUACGAAUGAGGAGUGAGACUCCUCCCACGAAUCAUGCCGAGCACGAGAUUAGUGAUAAAAUUCAUCCUAGCCGGACAGAGUCGGUGCAUGCUCUUGAUAGAAGUACUUCGCUUCUUCCAGAACUGGAAAGCGCAGCAGCAGGUGUCCAAAGGCAUUCUUGUGCUGCCUCAAUGCAGCCCGACAAUGGUGGGCGUGCGCAUCCGAGGCUGCCGGACUAUGAUGAGUUGGCUGCACGGUUCAAUGCCUUGAGGAGAUCCUGAGAGCGGCUAAAUAUUUGAUCUGCCGAUAUUUUGAACCCCCACCCCCCCCAUCUUAGAUAGCACAGUUCCUCCAUUGUAACGGAUAGCAUCUUUACUCUGCAGGUCCUUCCUGCCCUCCUGUGUUGUUUCACUCAAAGCAGGUUCACAAACAAGGGUUAGAUGUUCGACCACACUAGCUUGCACCACAAAAAGAAAAGAAAAUGUUAGAUUACACUAACGGAUUGCUAUUCUUUUUUCGUUUAUCUUCCUAGAUGAAUCAGAGGAUCAUCUUUGUGCAUAUGCUACCAAGUACGUGUGACGUUGAUGGAUUUUAUAAAAUUAUCAGUGUUUGAUGUGUCCA